AUGCGAAGGGAUGAAAUCUUUUUUCAUUUCAUUAUAUGUGUUGUUUGCAGGAAGAAAGAAUGCAAGUCUCAUGAAGCUUGCUACGAUCAACGUGAACCACAAGACUGGUGCAGAUUGAACGAAAAUCAAUCGUGGACAGACAAAGGUUGCUACUGUGACGAUAAGUUGCAUUCAUGCAUUAUUGAGCGCAAGAACGGUGGCAAGUUGGAAUAUGCGCACUGUGCGCCUGAACAAGGAUGGAAAUGUCCAAGCAAGUAA